AUGACCGGUGUAUUAUUUAAGUGCCUAGUCUUGGCGCUCUGUAUCAGCGCGCACAGGCUCUUGGCAGUCCCCCGGGUUGAGGAGGAUGAUGGAUCCGGUGACAGCGCUUCGACCCUGGCCUUUGUGUUCGAUGUUACCGGCUCCAUGUACGACGACCUGAAACAGGUGAUUGAGGGCGCCUCACGGAUCCUGGAGAAGACCCUCAGUCGUAGGACCAGACCCAUCAAAAACUUUGUUCUGGUGCCGUUUCAUGACCCAGAUAUUGGCCCUGUGUCCAUUACCACCGACCCCAAAAAGUUCCAGCAGGAUCUGCAAGAACUGUUUGUCCAGGGUGGGGGCGACUGCCCUGAGAUGAGUAUAGGAGCCAUAAAGAAAGCCUUGGAGGUUUCCCUGCCGGGAUCCUUCAUCUAUGUCUUUACCGAUGCCAGGGCCAAAGACUACCGCCUCAAAAGAGAUGUUCUCCAGCUGGUGCAGCUCCGUCAAUCACAGGUGGUAUUUGUGUUGACUGGGGACUGUGGGGACCGCUCUCAGCCUGGCUACAGAGCCUAUGAGGAGAUUGCUGCCACCUCCUCAGGGCAAAUCUUUCACCUGGACAAGCAGCAGGUCAAUGAGGUUUUAAAGUGGGUAGAAGAGACAGUUCAGGCCCUGAAUGUCCACCUGCUGUCGUCCAACCAUGACAGUGCACAGGAAAACCAAUGGGAAGUGCCCUUUGACCCCAGCCUCCGAGAGGUCACUGUGUCACUCAGUGGACCGGCACCACAAAUCGAGCUCAGCGAUCCCUUCGGUCGUGUAGUUGGUGUGGAGCAGGGUCUUAAAGAGCUGUUGAACAUUCCCAACUCUGCUCGUGUUGUCAACCUGAAAUUUCCCAGACCUGGAGCAUGGAAACUGAAGGUGAGCUGCAGUGGACGCCAUACUCUGAGGGUCACAGGAGUCAGCAAUCUAGACUUCCGGGCUGGCUUUUCAAGUGUCCCUGUUUUGGAGUUCAACCACACCAGGGAGAGGCCAAUAAAAGGACUUCCAACCCAUGUUUUGCUGAAAUGCACAGGCCUGAGGCCUCCAGGUCAGCUGAGUCAUGUGGAGCUGAUGUCUGGCUCAGGGCGCUCUUUGCGCACAAUUCCAGUACCUCUGCCCUCUGAUCUUGGCCAACAAGGGCUCUGGAGUCUCCCAGAGUUCCGCACUCCCUCUCAGAGCUUCUUCAUCAAGGUGACUGGCAAAGACGAGGAGGGCUACCGCUUCCAGAGGCUGUCCAGUGUCUCGUACACCAACAUCGUUCCAGAUCCCCCAGCUGUGAGCAUGCCUGAUGUGGUGAAGGGCUUCUACAUGCAGCCCACUGCAAUUGGCUGCUCAGUGGAGAGUGACAUUCCCUACAGGCUAAGAUUUACCAGAAGUGGGAUUACGCUGGGAGAGGAAAAGUUAUUUCAGCAUUCUGCCAAAGCAUCAUGGGAGAUUGCCCACACUUCAGCCGAGGAUGAAGGCCUGUAUGAAUGCAUAGCACAGAGCAGCGCGGGACAGGGUCGUGCCUUAACCCAAUUGACUAUCAGAGAGCCUCCUCCGGUUCUGAAGCCUGCAGUGAAUGUGACUUCCUCAGUGGGAGGUAUGGCUGUGCUGGCCUGUCAGGUGGAGGGUUCCAUGCGCCACAACCUUACUUGGCAUCGAGCUGGUCAUACCAUCCGGGCCCGCUCAGGGAGGGUGAAGCUGUUGUCCGACUCGUCCCUGCAGAUCAGCGGGGUACGGAGUCAGGAUGCUGGAGAGUACCACUGUGUGGCCACCAACGCCCACGGAGACAUCAGAAUCACUGUGUGGCUACUGGUCCCAGAGGCUCCGUCUGUGGUAGUUCACCCCCAGCGCCAGGCUUUCUCCCGAGGGGAUGAGAUCCGCCUCGUCUGCUCAGCGUCCGGCUCCCCCCCUCCCAAACUCUUCUGGAGCCAUGGAAACAUGUUCCUCACUAAUCGGCCGAGGUUGAGUCUACACCAACAUGGAGUUCUGAGCAUUAGAGGGGCUCUCCCAGAGGAUGCUGGGAACUACACAUGUUUGGCAAGCAAUGAGGCUGGGACUGCUUCUCAGUCUGUUUCACUCAUUUAUGCAGAGGUGCCUACAAUAACAGUGGUACAGCAGGUUGUGCUUGUAGCUGUUGGGGGUGAUGCUACUCUGGAGUGCCAAGCCAAAGGCAUUCCCUCCCCCCUUGUCCGUUGGUUCAAAGGUGAGCUUGAGGUGGGGUCUGCUCCUUUUGUUGAGCAGGAUGAACGCCGCGGGACUUUGCACAUUCGAGGGGUGCAGGAGGUGGAUGCUGGUCAGUACAGCUGUGUGGCCAGCAGCCCUGCCGGAACGUCCUCUGGCACUGUCAGCGUGGAGGUUGGAGCGGGCCCAUUGUUCUCUGAGGCACCAGUUGACGUAACAGCUAACGUAGGGGAGAACAUCACCCUCCCCUGCGUUGCCCGAGGUUAUCCACAGCCAACAGUGACCUGGCGCAAACAGGAUGGCAGGCAGAUUCUUACAAGGACAGAAAGCCACAGUCGAACAAUGCUGCUGGAGAACGGACUCCUUCUAAUCCAGAGUGUCUGGCUGGAUGAUGAAGGGCUGUACAUCUGUGAGGCCAAGAACCAGUUUGGAACCAUCAAAACCGAAGCCAGAGUUAGUGUCACUGGACUGGAGCCCCCUCUUUUGGCCAAAGGUACCCCGAUCAUCACCACCGGUAUCGGCCAGUCCCUUAGUAUUCCUUGCAUGCUGUUGGAUGGAAUACCUUUGCCGGAAAGACACUGGUCCCAUAAUGGAAAACCUGUUCAGCUAAAUGGGCGAAUGUUCCUGAGGAGUGAUGGUAGUUUGUACAUUGACAGAACCACCACAGAGGAUGCUGGGGCAUAUGUCUGCACUGCGGUGAAUAUAGCGGGCUCCACAAACAUCACAGUCAGCCUGGAGGUCCAUAUGCCCCCUGAGAUCAACGCUGGUCCUUACCACUACAUAGCCAACGAGGGCGUAGCCAUCACACUAUCAUGCGAGGCCAGCGGAGUUCCCAAGCCAACUAUUGUCUGGUCCAAGGGGAGGCAGCCUCUGCCCAAGGACCGCACCUCUCUCCAGUCUGACCCUGAAGGAUACCUCCACAUCCCCCACCCCACCACAGACGAUACAGGCAUUUACAUCUGCACCGCCACCAGCUCUGUGGGCUAUGCCAGUCGAGAAAUCAAGCUCAGUGUUAACUCCUUACCCAAGAUAAUGGGAGUGAGUGGUCAUGACAACACAGUGAAAAUGGCUGCAGAGGUGGGUACAGAGGUUGUUCUACCUUGUGAGGCCCAGGGGAGUCCCUCUCCACUCAUCACAUGGAGCAGAAAUGGGUAUCCCAUCCCCCCCGUCACAGCUGGGUUCACUGUUUUGCCUUCAGGCUCUCUGAAGAUCACUGAUGUGCGCCUGAUUGAUAGUAAACUGUACACCUGUACUGCAGAAAACCCAGCAGGCAACGUGUCCCUAAGCUACAAUUUACACAUUCAAGCUAAACCCAGAAUUCAGCCAGCACCUUCCCUCCUGAAAGCCCUGAUAGGCCAAACAGUGACUCUGCCAUGUGUGGUCCAGGGAGAGCCAAGCCCUGAGGUCAGCUGGUUUCACAAUGGACUUCCUGUUGGGGUCAAGAACACUGUGCCCUUCAGGAUCCAGCAGGUCAGUCUCGCUGACCAGGGUACCUACCGCUGUGUGGCCAGGAACAGCGCAGGACAGGAGACCUUGGAGAUCAAGCUGGAAGUUCUCGAGGCCCCAUCCUUUGCAGAACCUGGAGAUGCCAUCAUGGAGAAAGUAGCGAACAGCAAGGUCAUCAUCCCUUGUCCAGCUGAAGGUUCACCUCGUCCCAAGGUACGCUGGUUCAAAAAUGGCCUGGAGAUACACCCUGAACAAUCAGAGUUUUCUGUGGCGAGGGAUGGCGCUCUUUUAAUUAGCAAAGCGUCUGCCAGUCACAGCGGGGACUUCAAGUGUGUGGCGACCAAUGAGGCGGGCUCUGUGGAGAGAAAGACCAGGCUAAAAGUCAAUGUUCCCCCAGAGAUCCAAGAUGAUGGCAAGUCACUGAACCUCACUGUCACCUUGAAGCAACCUCUCACUCUGGGCUGUGAUGCCUUUGGGAUCCCCUCCCCAAUAAUCACCUGGAGUAAAGAUGGUCAUCCUGUGGACAGCCCUGGGGUGUAUCUGCAGAAUGGAAAUAGGCUGCUCAGAAUCUACAGAGUCCAGCAAGAACAUGCAGGGAUGUUUGCCUGCACAGCUCAAAACUCAGCUGGAGAAGCACGAAGAGAAUAUAACAUAGUGGUGCAAGCCCCGCCAGUGAUCUCAGGAACAUCCCGGAUGCAGGAGUUAACCGUAGUGCUGGGCCAGGAGGUGGAGUUUCAGUGCAGAGUAAGCGGGCGACCAGCACCCAGAGUGGAAUGGAGCCGCGAUGGAGAGGUUCUGUCACGUGAUGGAGACCCACAUGUGGAGUUUCUGGAAGAUGGCCAGGUGUUAAAAGUGAAGUCGGUACGGCUGAGGGACCAGGGACUGUACCAGUGUCUGGCCAGUAACAAUGCAGGAACUCAGAUGCGGCAGUUCAGACUUACAGUGCAAGCUCCCCCCACCAUCAAGGGCCCCAGUGAGACCUCAGAGGUGUCAGUGGUGCUGGGCUUCCCCACAGUCCUGCCCUGUGAUGUUGAAGGCUCUCCCACACCCAGCAUCACCUGGUUGAAGGACAACCAGCCCAUCGUGUCCAGCCCCCAGCUGACAUACACCCGUGGUGGGCAGGCUCUGCGACUGGGCUCAGCACAGGGAGACAGCACUGGUCUCUACACCUGUCGGGCCACUAAUCCAGCAGGCACAGCUGUAAAGCAAUAUUCUCUCAGUGUUCUGGUCCCACCGCAGAUAGAAGGUGACUCUACAUCCUUGACGUUCGGUGGUCAGGAAAAGAAAGUACGGAUCAAUGGCAGUUUAACUCUCUCCUGCCUUGCUAAAGGUUUCCCUGAGCCUAAGGUUGAAUGGUUCAAAGAUGGACAGGUUCUGACUGGAAACUUCCAUGCCGGCAUUCAGGAAAGUGGCUACUUCCUCCACAUAGAGAACGCUAUGCUGUCCCAUGAAGGGCAGUACACCUGUGUGGUCACCAACUCUGCAGGAGAAGACAAGAGAGACUUUCAUGUCUCUAUUCACGUUCCUCCAAUCUUCCACCGCGUGACUAACAGGGAAGCAGCCUGGGGUCUGGGACAUGAGGAUGAGGAUAACAACGAGGACAUGGUUGAGAAGCGGGAGGUGGUUUUGGGUCAUCCCAUUAGCCUGUCCUGUGAGAGUAAUGCCAUACCCCCACCCAAACUCAGCUGGUAUAAGGAUGGAAGAAAGCUCACCGCAGCUGAUGGAGUGACACUACUUCCAGGUGGACAGGUGCUGCAAAUCGCUCGAGUGCAGAAAGAAGAUGCUGGAAAGUACACGUGUCAAGCUGUGAAUGAGGCAGGAGAGGACCGCAUGCACUUUGGACUGGAGGUCCUGGUGCCUCCUGUGAUCAUGGGGGCAUCAGAGGAGUUUAUGGAGGAAAUAGGAGCAGUGGUCAACAACACUGUGGUCCUCCACUGUGAUGUGACUGGACACCCAGCUCCACUCAUAUCCUGGCUGAAAGACGGGCAGCCAGUGCACACAGAUAAGGAGCACUUCAUUAGUGAGGAUGGGACACAACUCCAGCUCCUCAGUGUCCAGGUUUCAGACAUGGCGGGGUACCUGUGCGUAGCUGAAAACAAGGUUGGGACAGUUGAGAAGCUAUUCAGUCUGACAGUGCAAGUGCCUCCAAAGAUAAUAGGCCAGAAGGACGAGGGGGUUAGUGUGAUUGAGGGCCACAUGGUUUCAUUGCUGUGUGAUGUCCAAGCAUACCCCCCUCCAGAGAUCACCUGGACCAAAGACGGACAGGUCCUUCAGUUCAGCACUGGCAUUCACAUUUUGCCAGGUGGCCAGAUGCUGCAAUUGCCCCGGGCGAGGUUGGAGGAUGCAGGACAAUACGUAUGCACAGCCACCAACUCAGCUGGCCAGGACCAGAAGAGUAUUCUCCUCGGUGUUUAUGUGCUGCCCACCCUCAAGCCCCGUCUCGCUGCAGAGUCAGACCUGCUGACCCCGCUGGUUGGCUCCUCUGUCACCCUGCGAUGCGACGCCCACGGUAUCCCUCAGCCUGAGGUCACAUGGUAUAAAAACGGGCUGCAACUGGCUGAAGGGAACGGACUGAAGAUGGCUGGUCACCAGCUGGAGAUCACAGGAUUGCAGAUGGCGGAUGGUGGUACUUACACCUGCAAAGUAUCCAAUGUGGCAGGCCAGACAGACAGGACAUUCAGGCUAACAGUUUAUGUUCCACCUGUCUUGGAUGGGCCUCUCCAGGAGUCUCUAAACUACACCCUGGGCUCCCAUGUGGCCCUGCUUUGUGAGGCCUCUGGGGUCCCUGUGCCCAGCAUCACCUGGCUCAAAGAUGGAACUCCUAUCGAGAGCAGUCUGCAGUGGCAGUGGUCCAUUCGAGGGAACCGGCUUGAGCUGGGGCCUCUCACUCUGUCUCAUGCUGGGACGUACACCUGUGUGGCCAAGAAUGGCGAGGGGCAAACACAGAAAGACUACACACUCACAGUGCAGGUAUCGCCUACCAUCUUGGACUCUGACCAAUCAUCUGAUGUGAGUGCACCCAUGGGAGAGGAGCUGACCUUGGAGUGCAGAGCAACUGGAACCCCCACACCCCACCUGAGCUGGCUGAAAGAUGGAGUGACUUUAGAGGGAUCAGAGGCUCGUCAUAUAGCUGUGACCCCUGAUGGCAGCACGCUAACCUUACUGAGGCUAAGUCCUGAGGAUUCUGGGACAUACACGUGUUUGGCUGUCAGCCCUGCUGGUCAGGAGAGCAAGAUCUACACACUCUUUGUACUGGUCCCACCAUCUAUUUCUGGUGAGACCACUGUCCCCAGGGAGGUCCAGGUCACGCAGGACAGUGCUGUCACUCUGGAGUGUCACGCGGCAGGAAACCCUCCGCCUCAGAUUAGCUGGCUAAAGAAUGGUCAAGCCCUUCUUCUCUCUCCACGUACACGCCUCCUGUCUGGCAACUCUGUGCUGAGGAUUUCUCCUGUGCAGCUGUCUGAUUCUGGAGUGUACACAUGUGUGGCUCGCAGUCGAGCUGGUCUUGCUGAGCUCAACUAUGAUGUCCAGGUCCAAGUGCCCCCAGGUGUGGAUCAUGUUGAACCAGUGGAGCCGGUUACAGUGGUCCAGGGGUCCUUGGUGACGUUAACCUGUGAGGCUCGUGGUGUGCCUCCUCCGACAUUGACUUGGAUGAAGGAUAAUCAGCCGCUGUCACUUCACCGCAACCUGCUGCUGGAUGGACAGGAGACGCGGCUGCAGCUGCCUGACGUAACGCCUUCAGAUGCUGGCCUCUACAGCUGUGUGGCGAGUAACCAGGCUGGAAGCAGCACAAAAAGUUUUAAUCUCACCAUUCUCGAGCCUCCAAAGAUAUCCAGCUCCAGCUCGCCAGAAGAGCAGACCAUAGCAGUAAACAGCGCUCUGGAGCUGGAGUGUUCGGCUGUAGGAGUCCCACCUCCCACUCUCAGCUGGCUUAAGGAUGGUCGCCCCUUGGAACGAACCGAUAUUGUUCAGGAGGAUGGACACUUUGUCAGGAUUAGCAAAAUUCAGGUUGAGGAUGCAGGUCUGUACACCUGCUUGGCCAGCAGCCUAGCAGGAGAGGAUGGAAAAAACCACUGGGUCCGAGUCCAAGUCCCUCCAACCCUCCUUGGCUCUGGUAAUGUGAGGACACUGACAGUGCCGGUUAAUGGACACCUGACCCUGGAGUGCCUGGCUGAUAGUGACCCCCCUCCUGAUAUAGAGUGGUACAAGGAUGAGGUCAAAAUGCAGCUGGGUGGUCGUAUUCAGCGACUGGCGGGGGGACAGUACCUGGAGAUCCAAGAAGUCAGGCCUGAGGACAGCGGCCAGUACAGCUGUGUGGUCACCAACAUGGCUGGAAGCAACAGUCUCUUUUUCACAGUGGAGAUUCUCUUACCACCAGUAAUAAAGGAGAGCAGCUCAGUGGUGACAGCAAACAUCGGCCAGGAUGCAGUUUUACCCUGUGAAGUUGAGGGUGACGUGUCUCCUACGAUCAUGUGGAGAAAAGACGGCUUCCCCAUAAAUCAAGAUAACAAGAAGUAUACCAUGUUAGCAGAGGGAUCCUUGCGUAUACAUGAAGUUCAGCUGAGCGAUGCUGGCCGCUACUACUGCACUGUGUCAAACCAGGCUGGCUCAGAUCACAGGGGAAUGGAUCUUCGGGUGUUUGUGGGUCCUUCAAUCGGUCCAGGUUCAUUCAAUGUGACAGUGACCACAGGGAUCAGAGCCGUGCUCAGUUGUGAGACUGCAGGUAUACCUCCACCUAAAGUAUCCUGGAAAAGAAAUGGGACUCCAUUAGAUAUCAGCCAUCAGCCUGCUGCAUACAGGUUAUUGUCCUCUGGGUCCCUGGUUCUUUUGUCCCCAUCCAAUGAGGAUGAAGGUUACUUUGAGUGUACUGCCGCUAAUGAAGUUGGAGAGGAGCGCAGGGUCAUUGAGGUCAACCUGCGAGUCCCGCCAUCUAUUGAAGAUGAUGUCACGACAAUCACAGCUGUGAAAAUGUCUCCGGUGGUGUUGCCUUGUCACGUACAAGGACGCCCUCAGCCAACUGUCACCUGGACGAAAGGCGGGGCCAAACUGGGCCCCAGAGGAGGAAGUUAUCGUGUCCUUCCUACUGGAGUGUUGGAGAUAACUGCUGCUGUGCCAAGUCAUGCUGGCAGGUAUACUUGCUCAGCCCGAAACCCAGCUGGAGUGGCUCACAAACACAUCUCUCUCACUGUGCAAGAGCCCCCAGAGAUCAGGCCAAUGGCUGAGGAAGUACAAGUGGUGUUGCAUCAUGGUACCGUUCUGUCCUGUGAGGUUCAAGGAUUCCCAAGACCGUCCAUCACAUGGCAAAGAGAGGGAGUUCCCAUAGCAGCAGGUCACAGGCUGGCUGUGCUCUCAAAUGGAGCCCUGAAGUUUUCUCGUGUUACACUGGGUGAUGCCGGAACCUAUCAGUGCCUGGCAAAAAAUGAAGCUGGAGUGGCUGUGGGCAGAACCAAACUAGUCCUUCAAGUUCCCCCAGUGCUGAGUGUGCCUCGUGUGGAGUACACUGCUGUGCUGGGCCAGCCGGUCAGCCUGGAGUGUGUAGCUGAUGGGCAGCCCCAACCUGAAGUUAACUGGCAAAAAGAGAGGAGGCCUCUCGUUGACGGUGCUCAUACACAUGUCUUUGCCAAUGGAACUUUGGCAAUUGCAUCUACCCAGCGCAGUGACGCAGGCCUGUACACUUGUACUGCCAAAAAUCUUGCCGGCAGAGCCAGCCACGACAUAAGACUGCUUAUUCAAGUCCCACCCAUGAUUCCUCCUGCGCAGACAGAAUUAUCAGUCAUUCAAGGAUUUCAGGCGUUGCUGCCCUGUGCUGCUCAGGGUUCACCAGAACCCAGAGUAUCAUGGGAGAAGGAUGGUGCCAUCGUGCCCAAUCGUCCAGGCAAAUUUACUGUCCUGCGAUCAGGAGAGCUAAUUAUCGAGAGGGCUGAGCUGGGAGAUGCCGGUGUGUUCACAUGUGUGGCCACCAAUGCGGCAGGCUCUGUGAGACAAGACAUCAACCUGUCCAUCAACAUGAGGCCUGUCUUCAAGGAGUUGCCAGGUGAUGUCACUCUGAACAAAGGACAGAGCCUGGCCUUGUCCUGCCACGCUCAGGGAACACCUUCUCCUGUCAUUUCCUGGACUGUCAACAACACUCCUUUCACAGGUGCCACGGUAGAUGAUGCCGGCAGGAGCUCUGUCAUCAUUGAGAACAUUACUAUGACUGAUGCCGGGACAUACGUGUGUAUAGCAGGAAACAGUGUUGGCUCCAUCCGAGCGCUCUCAUUUGUCCGCAUCAGAGAGCCUCCAGUGUUGAAAGGUGAAGCCCAUAUGUCUCAGACAGUCAUCCAGGGUGGCUCUGCUGUGCUCGACUGUCCAAUCCACGGAGACCCCAGCCCAGUCCUCCGCUGGCUCCGAAAUGGGAAACCACUUCUCCGCUCCCUCCGGAUGCAAACACUUCACAACGGAUCCUUGGUCAUUUACAGCAUCACAGCUGCAGAUGAAGGGCAGUAUCAGUGUGUGGCUGAAAGUGAGGCUGGAACAGCUGAGAGGACCAUUACUCUCAAGGUUCAGAUCAAUGGCGGCUACUCUAACUGGGAGGAGUGGGGCCCCUGUAGCAGCACCUGCGGACAAGGCUUCCAAGAACGGAUCAGACUUUGCAACAACCCGGAACCCCUCAAUGGUGGCCGAUCAUGCAGCGGCCCCAGUAUCGAUUCCAGGAAAUGUCAAGCCGGUCUCUGUCCAGGUGAAACCCCUCGCAAGACUAGAGGCAGCCUGAUAGGAAUGGUGAAUGAGAGGGAGUUUGGAGUGUCCUUCCUUGAGGCCAACAUUACAGAUAAUAUGGAGGAGGGCAGCAGCACUAUGCAGGCCCGCUUGGACAACAUCCCUCCCAGUGUGGGUCCCCUGCUCCGGGUGCUGGUGUCUGUGUUUGCUCCCAUCUACUGGACCACUGUGCUGCAGAGCGGAGCAACCAAGAAUGGCUACUCCUUAACUCAGGGCCAGUUCAGACAAGAGUCUCAGCUGGAGUUUGAGACUGGGGAGAUUCUUCGUUUGACCCACGUCGCCAGAGGUGUGGAUUCUGAGGGAGUUUUACUAAUUGACAUCGUAAUUAACGGAUUUGUUCCUCCUUCAUUAUCAACUUCUCAUCUGAGCCUCCAGGAGUUUGACGAGUCAUAUGUGCAGACGGGCCAAGGGCAGCUGUACUCGUGGUCAUCGCAGACCCACCAGAGAGGAGGAAACCCCAUGGUGCUGCGUUGUAACCACACCGUUAUUUAUGAGGGCCAGGAGGAGCGCCAGGGCCCUCUGCUCCAGCUGCUGAAGGUCUCCGGGAUGAACAGCGUCUACAACAUGUUUACUCUCACUUUGGAUUUCCAUAUCACUGCCAGCCUUCUUAUUCCAGAUGGUAACGGAGAGACAUGCCCUAAAGGUUUCAUUCUUGACACGGCCUCCUACUGUGCUGAUGAGGACGAGUGCGCACUGCAGUCUCCCUGCUCUCACUCGUGUAACAACAUCAUGGGAGGAUUUUCCUGUACCUGUCCCUCUGGCUUCACCAUCUCUUCAGAGACCAACACAUGCCAAGAUAUUGAUGAGUGUGCCCAGGGCUCCCACAUGUGUCACUACAACCAGCAGUGUGUCAACACAGUGGGCACAUAUCGCUGCCAGGCCAAGUGUGGACCAGGAUUUAAGCCCAGCAUCACAGGAACCAGCUGUGAAGAUGUGGAUGAGUGCCAAGAGUCUGCUCUCUCCCCAUGUCAGCAUCAGUGUCUCAAUACUCUGGGCUCGUUCCGCUGUAUCUGUCACCCUGGAUACCAGCUGUCAGGACACCGCUGCAUCGACAUCAACGAGUGCAUGAGAAAUGUGUGCCCAGCUCAUCAGCAGUGCCGUAACACAGACGGAGGAUACCAGUGUUUCGACAGCUGUCCAGCUGGCAUGACCAAAUCAGAGAAUGGAGCCUGCGUGGAUAUUGAUGAGUGUCAGGAUGGAAGUCACAUGUGUCGCUACACUCAGAUCUGUCAGAAUACAAUCGGAGGUUAUGGUUGUGUGUGUCCCAGAGGUUACAGAUCCCAGGGAGUGGGCCUCCCAUGUCUGGACAUUGAUGAAUGCCUGCAGUUGCCAAACCCUUGUGCCUUCCAAUGCCGUAAUGUGCCUGGCAGCUUCAGGUGCCUUUGUCCCCCUGGUACUGUGCUGCUUGCAGAUGGGCGCUCUUGUGCAGGGUUGGAGAGAGGGCAGACCUUCACCAACGGGACCAGAGUGAGGGCAAGACUUCGCCCACAACUAGUGUCAUCUCUAGGUAGACCAAUCCUGUCCCGUUCUCAUGGAGUAUCCCGCAUUACCAGACAGAGCUGCCCUGUAGGGUACACCAACAGAGACGGCACAUGUGUUGAUGUGGAUGAGUGUCUGCUCAGGAAGCCAUGCCAACAUGAGUGUCGCAACACAAUUGGCAGUUUCCAGUGCUCAUGUCCCCCAGGUUACAAGCUGUUACCCAAUGGCAGGAGCUGUAAAGACAUCGAUGAAUGUGUAGAACAAGGCAUUCAGUGUGGACAGAGUCAGAUGUGUUUUAACACCAGAGGAGGAUACCAGUGUCUGGACACACCCUGUCCUGCAUCCUACCAGAGUGGAAGAAGUCCGGGGACGUGCUACAGGCCUUGUUCUCUGGACUGUGCCACAGGAGGCUCUCCUCUGAUCCUGCAGUACAAGCUGCUCACGCUUCCCUCAGGCAUACCAGCCAAUCACAACGUGGUACGACUGUCAGCUUUCUCAGAGUCGGGUGUCCUGCAAGAUCGUACGUCCUUUACCAUACUGGAGCAAGAAUCAGAGGCAGGUAUGGUGGGCCGUGUAUUUGGCAUCAGAGACGAGGCAGGCAGGGGGAUCAUCUUCACGCUGAGGGUUCUGGACAGACCAGGACUAGUGCGACUCAAGGUGCAGGCCACCACCAUCUCACUGCAGGGCCGUAUUACCUACCAGAGCAUCUUCAUCAUCUACAUCUCUAUCUCAUCGUACCCCUACUGAGCCGCUGUGCUGCUUUAUAGAUGGGUGCCUCUUCACUACAAGGCAGUUCACCCAAAACCCAUGCCUUGGACACAUUAGACCCUGCAAAGAAGCUCUAACAUACAAGAUAAAGAGGACAUGGUCAAUCAAUGGAUUUCAUGAAGAUGUGUACCCUAAUCUGUGACUGAAAAAAUCCAGAAUGAGAAAAGACCUUAUUUUUACCUUCAGUAGGUUCCUAACUUCUUUUGAAGAAGUGACUGAUAUAUCCUGGAUGAACUAAUUAUUUUGUUCAUCUAUCUGGGGAAAUGUCUAGAGUGCCUCUUUCUAUUCAAUAUGUCAUAUACAGAAAAUGCAGUCUGG